AUAUUAUUAAGAUGGAAUGUCAUGCAUUGUAUUUAAAUUACGACUGUAUUGUUUGACAUAAAAAAUAAAAAUAAAUAAAUAAUAAUAAACAUAGAUAAACAACAUUCAAAAUAAGUGACAUAUGUGUCAGUCAUUUUGUAGCGAUAUGCUAGAUGUUUAUGUUAUCAACAAAAAAAGAAAAAAAAAAAAAUGUGACAGCCAUCAAUAAACAAACACCGGUUGACAAUUGACAUAAAAACAUUAAGCCUAACCUUAAAAAAUAAUAUCUAUUUGCUUGUUGUUUUUUAUUGCAAAAAAAUAUAUAAAAUUAAUAAUAAUGAAAUAUUAAUAAUUAAUUAUGGCUGGGAAAAAUUCUAAUACUGAGCCUGCUAUAAAAAUGCAAGCUGACAAUAAAAACAUUAACUUGGAUAAUUAUAGAAAAUUAGCAAAAUCUUACAUUGAUUUGCACAUGUACAGUGCAGCAUUGUUUUGGGCUGAUAAAGUUGUAUCAAUGAGCAAUGACAAUCCAAAAGACAUUUGUAUAUUGGCACAGUGUAUGUAUCUUAUGAAACAAUACCAUCGUUCUGCUCAUCUAAUUAAAAGUCGAGGUCUUGAAAAGAUUGACUUAAUGUGUCAUUAUUUGACAGUUAGAAGUUUACUUGAAGCCAAAGAAUUUAGUGAAGCUCUUCAAGUAAUAAAUGAGUCAGAAAUAUGUACAAACAUGUCUCAAUCAGGUGUUAAUUUUAUUGAUCAUGAAAAUAUACUUGAAGAUGCACCAAAAAAUGUACAAAGUGCAAUUUUAUAUGUUAAAGGACGUGUUUAUGAAGCAACUGAUAAUCGUUCAGUUGCAACAGAAUGUUAUAAACAAGCAUUACAUUGUGAUGUUUAUUCAUAUCAAGCAUUUGAAGCCCUUGUACAAAACCAAAUGUUAUCAGCAACUGAAGAACGUGAAUUGUUAGAAUCUUUACCAUUUAAUGAACAAUGCACAGAAGCUGAUAAAGAUUUAUUACAUUUACUAUACGAAAGUAAGCUAAAAAAAUAUCAAGCACCAACUGAUGAUAUUACACAAAUAACAUGUAGCAUUAAAGGUAUAUCAAUAACUGAUAGACUUGAAAAUAAUCUUGAUAUACAAGUUGCUAAAGCUGAAAGAUUAUACUACAAUUGUGACUAUCAGCAAUGUUUUAAUUUAACUGAAAAAAUACUAAAAAAAGAUCCAUAUCAUAGUUCAUGUUUACCAGUACACAUUGCAUGUCUUGUUGAGUUACGUAAAACGAAUGCAUUAUUUUAUCUUGCUCAUAAACUAGUUGAUCUUUAUCCAGAUAUGGCAUUAUCAUGGUUUGCUGUUGGUUGUUACUAUUUCAUAAUAUCAAAAAGCGAUCAUGCAAGAAGAUAUUUAGCCAAAGCAACCUCUUUAGAUCGUUUGUUUGGACCAGCUUGGUUAGCAUAUGGUCAUUCAUUUGCUGUUGAGAAUGAACAUGACCAAGCGAUGGCUGCAUAUUUUAAAGCAUCACAACUCAUGAAGGGUUGUCAUUUACCACUGUUAUAUAUUGGCCUUGAGUGUGGCUUGACAAAUAAUUUAAAACUUGCUGAUAAGUUUUUUCAACAAGCACAGAGUAUAGCACCAAAUGAUCCUUUUGUGAUACACGAAACUGGUGUAAUAUCAUUUUUUAAUAUGGACUAUAAAAAUGCUGAAAAACAGUUCAAAGAGGCUAUGAAUAUUAUUCAAAAUAGCUCAAGAGAUGUUGUGCUGCCAACAAAAUGGGAGUCGUUACUGAAUAACUUAGGCCAUACUUGUCGAAAAUUAAAAAAAUAUGAUGAAGCAUUGGAUUAUCAUCAACAAGCACUCGUUUUAAAUCCACUUAACCCUUCAACAUAUUCAGCAAUAGGAUUUGUAUAUGCAUUGACUGGUGCUACACAAGAUGCUGUUGAUGCUUUUCAUCGAGCAUUAGGAUUACGUAGAGAUGAUACGUUUACUACCACAAUGUUAGGAUACGUUAUGGAGCAGUUAAUAGACGAGAGCCCACCCUAUUUAGAUGCACCAAGUGAAAUUCCAAAGUAUAAAGCAUCAGAGUCACAACCAACUGUUGAAUCAUCAGCAACAAGCGUACCAGUUGAUUCGCAAGACCCGGAAAUAAAUAAAUUACGUGUUAAUUUAUUCUCCCAAUGGAGUGAUGAUAGUGCAAAAAAAUCUGAUAAUUUAGCUAACAAAAACGAGCAUAAUUGUAAUGAUAUUGUUAAUUAUUCGACAGGCGAUAUAAGCUCAGAAGUGGAAAUGUUGGAUUCAUCAACAAUUCACAUAGAGUAUUAAAUAAAGCAAAAUAAUCAUCCCAAAUAAUAAUAAUAAUAAACAAAACCGGUUUUUAUUUUAUACUGUUUUAUACCCAUUAUAUCGAUAA